AUGGAUCAAGCAAUAUCUACGAUGACAGCGAAUAUUUCUUCGUUUCUCCAAGCUCACAAAACAAGCAUACUUGGCGCAGCUGCUAUCGGAAGUUUAGCACUGGGUUUAGGUGUUUACAAGCUCAGCGCGCGGACGGGUAAAGUUACUCCACGCGUGUACGAUCCAGCUAUUAAAGAUGGCUACAUCCCACUAGCAGAUUAUCCAGAUAUGCGCCAGUAUAACAACCUAAUGGCAAAGCAUCUGACGCCAAGGCUGUACGCUAAACUUCGAAACAGGAAGACGGCCACUGGCUUUACUUUGGACAAGGCAAUUCAAACUGGAGUAGACAACCCUGGACAUCCUUUUAUACUAACAGUAGGCGCUGUAGCAGGAGAUGAGGAGUCUUACGAAACUCUUGCUGAACUUUUCGAUCCGAUUAUCGAGGAGCGCCACAAUGGCUACAAGAAAACAGAUUUGCACAGAACAGAUCUUGACUCGUCCAAGAUUCGCGGAGGAAAGUUUGAUGGGAACUAUGUGUUGUCUUCUCGCGUGCGUACUGGAAGAUCGAUACGUAGGUUUAGUCUUCCUCCUCACUGCUCCCGCGCUGAGAGAAGAAAGGUUGAAAAAAUUGUUACCCGUGCAUUGGCGGGACUAACAGGUAUGAUGUUAAACCCGUUAGACCCAGGGAUGGGAGGAAUUUUAAAAUACUGCCAUUGGCCUAUAGCUAUACUCUUUCAGAGAACAAUUAAUAGAAGAAGCGUCCCCCAGGAGACAAAAGGUUGUACUACCAGAAAGUGAUGAGAGAUUGAUUUAAAACAUCCCUUUAUUAUAUACGUUUUUGAAUAUACUCAAUAGACGCUUUCACGUUUUCUUAAUCUGAAUUUUAACAAGAAACAGUUAGCGAAAAAAAACCCACCGACGUUGCUGGAAAGAACAAGUUAAAAAUUGGUAAACUUGUUGAGAGUUUUUGGCGGUCAGAAACUAGCGAAAACGGAAAAUCAAGCAUUCUGUGGCCCUGCAAAUUCGCGAAAUUUUAAAGACGUCUCUUACAUAAUUAUGUAAUAAUAAUAUUAAAAAUAUUAAUAUUAAAAUAAUAAAUAAUAUUAUGUAAUUAUUAUAAUAGGGUAUUUGCAUUAGAACCCGAUCACGAACCAGUAAAAUUGUUUAGGACGACAAUUGUACUAGAAAAAGAAAUAUUGUGAUAAUUUUUUUUACCUGGCAAUGGUGACUUUUGCCCAACUGGCACGUUUUUUUUAUCUUUUGCACCUGAAAUUUUCCUCACUAAGUCGAGAAUUUCCAUUUUUUCUUUUAUUCCCUGUUUUUCUGUGUUUAGUUGGUCAAUUCGUAAAAAAGUUUUUUAACUCCCCUUAUCAUUCAAGUUUGCAGUUUCGUGGAUUUUCAUCGCGGUUUCGCGUUUUUCUGUGAUUUAUUUGCGGUUUUNCAGGGAUGGGAGGAAUUUUAAAAUACUGCCAUUGGCCUAUAGCUAUACUCUUUCAGAGAACAAUUAAUAGAAGAAGCGUCCCCCAGGAGACAAAAGGUUGUACUACCAGAAAGUGAUGAGAGAUUGAUUUAAAACAUCCCUUUAUUAUAUACGUUUUUGAAUAUACUCAAUAGACGCUUUCACGUUUUCUUAAUCUGAAUUUUAACAAGAAACAGUUAGCGAAAAAAAACCCACCGACGUUGCUGGAAAGAACAAGUUAAAAAUUGGUAAACUUGUUGAGAGUUUUUGGCGGUCAGAAACUAGCCAAAAUGGAAAAUCAAGCAUUCUGUGGCCCUGCAAAUUCGCGAAAUUUUAAAGACGUCUCUUACAUAAUUAUGUAAUAAUAAUAUUAAAAAUAUUAAUAUUAAAAUAAUAAAUAAUAUUAUGUAAUUAUUAUAAUAGGGUAUUUGCAUUAGAACGCGAUCACGAACCAGUAAAAUUGUUUAGGACGACAAUUGUACUAGAAAAAGAAAUAUUGUGAUAAUUUUUUUUACCUGGCAAUGGUGACUUUUGCCCAACUGGCACGUUUUUUUUAUCUUUUGCACCUGAAAUUUUCCUCACUAAGUCGAGAAUUUCCAUUUUUUCUUUUAUUCCCUGUUUUUCUGUGUUUAGUUGGUCAAUUCGUAAAAAAGUUUUUUAACUCCCCUUAUCAUUCAAGUUUGCAGUUUCGUGGAUUUUCAUCGCGGUUUCGCGUUUUUCUGUGAUUUAUUUGCGGUUUUUAAUAGGCAUCAAUUGUCCCUUCUUCCACGUACAGCCGAAAUUCCACUGCCGGAGUGAUAUGGCUGUGCGCAUGCGCAAGGUACUGGUAGGUACUGAUAGGUGCCCAUUUAAAUAAGUAAUACUAUGCGGUAACAGACUAUUUGCAUUUUUUGACAACACGUUUAGGUGAUCUGUCGGGUCGAUACUAUCCACUCAGUGCUAUGACCGCAGAAGAACAACAGCAGUUGAUCGAUGACCACUUUCUCUUUGACAAACCAGUCUCCCCGCUUCUCACGUGCGCGGGCAUGGCACGGGACUGGCCUGACGCGCGCGGAAUCUGGCACAACAAUGACAAGAACUUCCUUGUUUGGAUAAACGAGGAAGAUCACACGCGCGUCAUCUCGAUGGAGAAGGGAGGAGACAUGCGCUCGGUGUUUGAUCGCUUUUGUCGUGGACUCAAUGAGGUUGAAAGACUCAUCAAGCGCCAGGGACAUGAGUUUAUGUGGAAUGAACAUUUGGGGUACAUUUUAACUUGCCCCUCUAACCUCGGAACGGGACUUAGGGCCGGAGUGCAUGUGAAACUACCACUUCUAUCGAAGGUAUUUACGAUAAUCAUCCGACUUGCAUAAAAUCAACUUUUUAACUGUGAAUACUGCAAUCUAACUAAGAACGAGAGAGAGAUCGAAGACUAGGUCGUCUUUAUUGACAGAUAAAGCGUACAACGCUAUCUUGUCCCCAGAUCUCAAACAUGAUUAGUGGCCUGAUAUUCCUGGGUAUUGACUCCAAUCGCUUCGCGCAGCGGAUUAUCGAAACACCACCAUUCUUUUCUUGCUUCCGAUGGAUUGAAACAUACUGCUGUGCAAUAGAGUACCGAAGUGUGACGUCAUAGAAAAUGAAAUUUGUGAAAUUAUGGGAUUUGUUAAGAUAUUCUGAAAGAACAACGUCCAAGACGCCUACUCGCCAAAAAUUAGUAAUUUGCGGCAAAUUGUCUCUGAGAUAUUAGCCCAGUUAUGCUCCGAUGACUCCAUACAAAUCCUUCUAAAUCUUACCUGGUUCCUAAUCUUAUGAACCAAGCCAAAUUUAGAAGGAUUUGUAUGGAAUCGUCACAGCAUAACUGGGCUAAUAUCUCAGAGAAAAUUUGCCCCGAAUUGCUAAUUUUUGGCGAGUAGGCGUCUUGGACGUUGUUCUUUCAGAAUAUCUUAACAAAUCCCAUAAUUUCGCAAAUUUUAUUUUUAUGACGUCGUCACUUCGGUACUCUAUGCCCUCAGCUCCUUGUCUAUGUUGACGACAUCUGAACAUAGAAAGGACUAGCUUUUUUCUUUCCACUUGAUAGAAACAGUUCCUUUGAUUACAUUUCUUCACACAUGUACCAGAAACGUCAAAACUAUUGAUCAGCUCUUGUGAGAAGUGUAAUCUCUCCUUUUUUUGUCCAGAAUCCACACUUUGAUGACAUUCUCGAAAAGUUGCGACUACAGAAACGUGGGACAGGUUCGUUUUCUUAUUAUUGUAUCUGACUUAUUUGUUGCAAUCUCUAACGAAAAACGAGCAUGUAUACACAGUAUACACAGUAAUUUCUAGGGAGUUAUUAUAACUCCAAAAAUGGAGUAAAAAUUUUAGAUACAGGAUAACCUUUUUGCGUGGUUACUUUAACUCCUCAGUAUUGACUCCAAAUCUGGGGUUGUUUUUACUCCUGAAAAAGAGUUCUUUAAACUGCUUUUUGGAGUUAAAAUAACUCAGAAAAAAAUAACUCCACUGUACGGGAGUUAAAUGAACCCUACUAGAGAAGUUAUCAAAACUCCUUGAAAAUUACUGUGAAAUUUUAACAGGCAUAAAGGAUUUCCGCCUGUCGGGCCAACAAUCGUCAAUAAAAACAAAGGCUUUCACCUCAGCAAGAGAACAGGCGUUAUUUAUUUACUAUUCAUCAUUUUUUACGUUCUUCAGGCAAGGGAAGGUAAGCGCAAGGUGGAAAUGUCUAGCAUUCUACCCCCACCUUGCCCUUGUCGUCGUAAAAAUGCAAACUGAAAAACCUAGGCCUGUUCUGAAGGCUACUUGAGACGGAAAGUCUGUACAGUGAGUGUAAUUAGGAGUUAUUCCGUAUCUUAAUCCAAAAACUAACCGUACUGUUCUAAAAGAAAAAGGAUGAACUUUGAUAUCGAAACUCCCCAACUUUCCCCAUCCAACCCUCCCAUGGAUGAGGCAAAGGUUGAACAAUGUUGCAAAAAUGAAAACAUUAUCGCCUGUUUCAGCAUCGCAUUCUUGUUCGCAUCUGAUCUAACAAACGUGCCUUUCUCACUUGAUAUGAAAUUCAGGUGGUGUUGACACUGCAGCCGAAGGAGGCGUUUUUGACAUCUCAAAUUUGGACAGACUUGGAUUCUCCGAGGUAGAGCUGGUCCAGAAAGUCAUCGACGGCGUCAAUCUUCUCAUCAUAAUGGAAAAGAGACUGGAAAACAACAGACCUAUGAACGAUCUCCUUCCUGGACAGACUCUUUCAUGACCAGACACGGACUGGAUAGUACAAAAGCGAUUGAACGGACAUGAAAAAGAAAAAAUAACAUUGCAGUUUUUCGUGGCAGUUUUUGCUGCUUUACGAGGGCAGAUAACUGUAUUUUAUUACUAUGUGAUGCCGACGUAACGCGUGCAGGUCACAAAU